AUGAUCUUAAAUUCAUUGAGAAUUUUAAUUUUGAUUACGGGAUUGGUACCAUUCAUAAAUACAAAUCAGCAGUUUCUGGAAUACACUUUAACGCAUCAGCAACAACAACAACAACAACAACAGCAAUAUAUUUCUGAGCAUCCACACAACGUUGUUGUUUGCAUUGAUAUAGAGAAAAUAAGGGAUUUACAUUCUGCCGCACAGAGGAAUUGGAAACAUCUAAAAAUUUUGAACGAAAAGAAAAACACUUUUCAAAUUAGUGAUAUUAUCAACUGUUGCAAUGACUUGGAAUCAUUGGAUUUAUCGCAAGCGAGAUCAUUGGAAUUAAGCAAUGACGAUGAUGGCUUUAAAGCCCUGACAAAUCUUGUAUACUUGAACAUAUCGGGUACAGGUGUAGAAGAACUAAAAGGUUCCUACUUUUCCAUAUAUAAUAGACUGGGAAAUCUCGAUGCUAGCUGGAAUUCUUUAACAGAAAUAACAUUUGAAUUGAAGAAUAAAUUGUUGUAUUUACAGUAUGGCAAUUUUUCACACAAUUCAAUAACAAAUAUCGAAGCUGAUUUAUGGAAAUCAUUUCAAAAAUUGAAAUGUCUACAUUUGGAUAAUAACGAAUUGAAAACGGUUAGCUUUCAUAAUUAUCCCCAAUUGCAAUUGUUGACACUGAGCGAUAAUCAAAUUGAAGAGCUUACAAUUAAAUCAUUCAGCGGCCUGGAAAGAAUGGAUGAAUUGAAAAUAACCUCAAAUCCCUUGCAUUAUAUUGGUAAUCAUACAUUCAGCAGUAUGACACAGUUGAAAACUUUAAACUUAUCCGCAAAUAGCUUAGAGCUAUUAGAUGUUGACGUCUUUGAAGGUCUCAAUCGUCUGCUGAGUUUAGAUUUGAAUUCCAAUGAUCUCAAAGAACUGACAGAUAAGCAAUUCGAACAUUUAAUAAAACUUCAAUAUUUAGACUUGAGUCGCAACCGCUUGACCACACUCAAUUCAACAGCGUUUUCAAAUCUUUCAUCGUUGAGGAAAUUAUAUUUACAGGAAAAUGAUUUAAAAAUGCUGAAAUCAAAUACCUUUGCCGGGUUAACAACACUGGACACUCUGGAUUUGUCACAAAACGCACUGGAAUAUUUCGAUGCAGAUGUAUUUGGACCGUCGACAUUACCGCGUUUGAAAAAACUUAUCUUAAAAUCGAAUAACAUCAAACGUUUGCACCCACUGGCAUUUGCCUCGUUGCCAUUCAUUCAGUAUCUCUCGCUGGGCAAUAAUGAAAUCACCACAUUGGAUGUACGAAUGUUUGCCCCAAUGCGACGUCUAGACAAACUGCACAUGGGGAAUAAUCUAUUGGAGGUUAUACCUCCAGAGGUUCUUGAUAGCCUGACAGAUGUCAGUGAAUUGUUGAUUGAUAAUAAUCGCCUUUCAUUUUUGCCUGAUACCAAUGCAACAUUUCCUCGGCUACGAAAAGUAUCGGUGGAAGGUAAUCCAUGGCAAUGUCCAUGUUGGGAUGAAUUGGUGAACUUUUUGGAAAUACGCCAAAUAAGUUACGUUCGUGAGCAGAGUCCAUACUACAGUGGACAACGACCGUUGUGCGUGGUAACAACGGUGCAAGCGUGUAUUAAGGACAUUAAUUUGGUUAAGAAAUAUCAAAUUGAAGAUAUUUAUAAUAGUGCAUAA